AUGUACCACGGACCCUGCAACAAGCGUGAUAUCGCCGACUACUUGCUGGAUCUGGGCACUCGCGAGCAGUACCAGUACCAGAUCGAAGGUCCGACCAAGCAGCCGCGACGUGCGAACGAGUUCGCCAACGCCUUCCGCGAGUCUCGCAUCUACCAGGACUCACUGUACGCUCUAGAGGCCCCGUACGACCUGGAACUACUGCAAAGCGUCGAGAAGAACAUGAAGCCGAUGCCUGAAUUCAGCCAGUCUUUCGUCAACAGCACUAUGACUCUACUACGACGUCAACUCACCAUCACGUACCGUAACAAGCCCUUCAUCUUCGGUCGUGUGCUCAUGAUCGUAGUCAUGGGUCUGCUGUUCUGUACGGUCUUCUACGACUUCGACCCGACCGAAGUCUCGGUCGUGUUGGGUGUUGUCUUCUCCUCGGUCAUGUUCCUGUCCAUGGGUCAAUCGUCCCAGAUCGCGACGUACAUGGCCGAGCGCGAAGUCUUCUACAAGCAGCGAGGUGCCAACUUCUUCCGGACAGCGUCGGACGUGCUGGCCACGUCGGCCAGUCAGAUCCCACUGGCGCUAGUUGAGACGCUUAUUUCGGGUCGUUGGUCUAUUGGCUCUUUCGUGCUCUUUGUGAUGAACCUGGCCAUGGGAAUGUGGUUCUUCUUCCUGAGUUCUGUUGGACCGAACGAGAAUGUCGUCCCACCUUUUAGUAUGGUGUCCAUACUGGUGUUCAUCAUCUUAGCCGGCUUCAUCGUGACCAAGAGUCAGAUCCCGGACUACCUCAUUUGGGCGCACUGGAUCAGUCCCAUGACGUGGAGUAUUAGAGCUCUGUCAAUCAACCAGUACCGGUCCGAUAACAUGUACGUCUGCGUCUAUGACGGCAUCGACUACUGUGCAGACUACGGGAAGACAAUGGGCGUGUACUACCUGGACCUGUUCGGCAUCGAGACUGAGAAGUAUUGGAUCACGUACGGCAUCAUCUACUCGCUUGUGAUCUACGUUCUCUUCAUGGUCAUGUCCUUCCUGACACUGGAGUACCUACGCUACGAAGCCCCCGGCUACGAAAUCGUCGACGUGUCCGAGAAGCCGAUCGAAGACGAAUCGUACGUGAUGCUAAAGACCUCCAAGAACGUCAGAUCCACUGAGGCAACCGGAGACUGCAUUGUGGAUUUUGACGAUCAUGAGAAGAACUUCACUCCUGUGACUAUGGCGUUCGAAGAUCUGCACUACUUCGUGCCCAACCCCAAGAGCCCAAGCGAACAGCUUGAACUUCUCAAGGGUAUUAACGGCUUCGCCGUGCCCGGUACGAUCACUGCUCUUAUGGGCUCGUCGGGUGCUGGUAAGAUGACGCUGAUGGACGUGAUUGCCGGCCGUAAGACUGGCGGCAAGAUUUCUGGCAAGAUCCUAUUGAACGGCUACGAGGCCACCGACCUCGCUAUCCGUCGUUGCACUGGUUACUGCGAGCAAAUAGACGUGCACUCGGAGGCUGCUACCAUUCGUGAAGCGUUGGCGUUCAGCUCGUUCCUACGUCAGGACGCCGCGAUCCCGGACGCCAAGAAGUACGACUCGGUGAAUGAGUGUAUUGAGCUGCUGGGUCUGGAAGACAUCGCCGACCAGAUCAUUCGUGGCAGUUCAGUGGAACAGAUGAAGCUGGCCUGGACGCGCGCUUGGCUAAGUUGA